AUGGACAUGUAUAUGAUGCAUUUGGUAUUAAUGUUAACGGCACAAUAUAGAUACACGGCAAUAAAACUCGCAAUAUUGUUUCGGGAUCUACAAAUCUACAACGAAUCUCGAAUAGAACAUUAUUCUAAAAAUCGAUGGACAGAGAGAGAACUACGAAAAUUAUGUCUACAUCAGAAUAUUGUUUUAAACAUGUCAUUUAUAUUAAAGAAGCUUCUGUCCGUGAACUUCAGUCUACUGUAUAUCAAUAACGUAUUACGGUUCUGCUUUAUAGGUAUCAUAUUAAGCACAGUACCAUUAAUGAAUAUUGCAGAAGGAAUUUCGGUUACAAUAUUUGGAAUCGGUACACUAACGCAAUUUUUUGUGUUAUGUUCUUCCGUACAAACACUUUCAGAUGCAAGUACCAAAAUAACAGAUAAAGCAUUUGAUGAAGGCUGGUAUCAAUUAGGACCAUCAAUGAAACGUAUAUUUAUAUUAUUGAUAAUGUCUAAUAACUUAGAAUGUAAAAUUGCUGCUAUUGGAAAAUUCAAUCUGUCUCUACCUUCAUUUAUGACGCACAGUAUUGUUACAUCGCAGUAA